AUGCGGUAUUUCUGUAUUUGCGCUAUCCCUCUGUUCAUAUCUAUCUAUCUAUCUAUCUAUCUAUCUAUCUAUCUAUCUAUCUAUCUCUGUUGUAUAUUUACAUUUUUUUUCUUUCUUUCAUUUUUUCUUUCUUUGUUUUUCGUUCGUUCUUUCUUUCUCUCUAUUAUUUCUUCUUUAUUUUCAUUAAUUUUCUUUCUUUCUUUCUUUCUUAUUUUCAUUUAUUCUCUUUAUUUCUUUUACCUUUCUUUUUUCUUUCAUCUCUUGUUUUUAUUCAUGUUCCUUCCUUCUUUCUUUCUUUCUUUCUUUCUUUCUUUGUUUCAUUUUCUGUCUUUCUUUCGAAUCAUUUAUUUUACUUAUUUCUUUCUUUUUCCUUCCUUCCUUCCUUCCUUCCUUCCUUCCUUCCUUCCUUCCUUUCAUUCUUUCUUUCUUUUAUUCUUUAUUAACAUUCAUUCUCUUUCUUUUUUCCAUCGUUUUUCAUUUCCUUCUUGUUUUCAUUCAUUCUCUUUCUUCUUUCUUUCUUUUUGCCAUUCAUUUAUUCCUUAUUUUCAUUUAUUCUUUUUCUUUCUUUCAUUUUUCCUUUGUUCUUUUUACUUCUUCCUUAUUUUCAUUCAUUUUCUUUCUUUCAUUUUCCUUUCUUUCUUUUACUGUGUUUCAUUAUUUUUUCUUUCUUUCUUUUCUCGUUUUCAUUCAUUUUCUUUCUUUCUGUGUUUCUUUCUUUCUUUCUCUCUUUGUUAUUUUCAUUCAUUCUAUUUCUUUCUUUCUCAUUUCUUUCUGAUUUUUUCUUAUUUUCCUUCAUUUUUUCGUUUUUCUUUCUUUCACUUCUUCCUUAUUUUCAUUCAUUUUCUUUAUUUCUUUCAUUCGUUCUUUCAUUAUUUUCAUUCAUUCUCUUUCAUUUUCUUUCUUCUUUUCUCUUUCUUUCAUUUCUUCCUAUUUUUAUUCAUUUCUUUCUCUUUCUUUCACUUUCUCCUUUCUUUCUCUUUUCUUUCUUUUUUCUUUCAUUUUUUUCUUUCUUUCUUUCAUUCUUUCCUUUUUUCUUUCUUUCUUUUUUCUUUCGUUUCUUCUUUAUUUCCAUUUAUUUUCUUUCUUUCAUUUUCUUCCUUCAUUCUAUCAUUUUUCAUUCAUUCUUUCUUUCUUUCUUUCUUUCUUUCUUUUAUUUUUCUUUCUUUUUUCUUUGAUCUCUCUCUUUCACUUUAUCUCUCCCACAAAGCCAUUCCCACGCAUUCACUUAAGUACAGAUGUGGUAUCUAUCUAUCUAUCUAUCUAUCUAUCUAUCUAUCUAUCUAUCUAUCUAUCUCAGUCCAUUUCUAUCUAUCUAUCUAUCUAUCUAUAUACGUGUGCAUUUAUGUGUGUUAUUGA